AUGAUCUCAAAGGCCGGAGUUCUGACACUCCUCUUGAGUGCCAGGCCUAUUGUUGCCGAUUCUUUAUCCACAAUCAAACAUGUGGUUAUCUUCAUGCAAGAGAAUCGGUCAUGGAAUAGUGUCGGUAUUCCCGAAAACCAAAUAGAUAAGGCACUUUCAACUGACCACGGGAUAUUCCAGUAUUUUGGGACUAUGGCUGGCACUCGUGGGUUUGCCGACCCUAAUGUUCCAGUCAACAGCGCCACAAAUAAGUCUACCUUUUACCAAGUGGUCGACUCUGAUCUCUCAACCGCAACCGAUUGGCUUCUCCCCUUUUACUUGGGUUAUGAAGGCGGCACCUGGCCCAAUGCCAUUCAGUGUAUGACCGCUGGGAGCAAUAGCUACAAAUCCAACCAUUAUGCACUUCAUGGGGGACUGAACGAUUGGUGGGCUAUUCAGAACACUCCUUGGAGUUGGGGGUAUAUGAAGCGUAGCGACAUUCCCGUUCAUUUUGCCAUUGCUGAAGGAUGGACGGCCGGGGACAUGUAUCAGGAGUCGGUCAUUGCAUCUACCAACCCAAACCGUGUUACUCUUGUCAGCGGAACAAUCGGCGUCAGUGAAACUGAACCAUAUCUCGACAACUAUGAGACUCCUGGCUGUGAGAAGUCUGACAUGAGCUGCUAUCCCCUCACUUGGGAAACAAUUUAUAACUAUUAUCAGGAGGCCGGUGUUACCUGGCAAGUUUAUCAGGACACGGAUAACUUCGAUGACAAUCCUCUGGCAUGGUUUGAGAGUUUCCAAGACGCCUCGUCGACUUCAGAGUUGGCAACUCGGGGCCUGUCCUAUUUAGGCUUAGAUGCAUUCUACGAGGCAGCAAGCAACGGAACUCUUCCCAUGGUCUCUUUCAUUGUCGGGCCCACUGAACUGUCCGAGCAUCCACCAUACAUGCCCAGUGAGGGUGCAUGGCUGCAGAAGCAGGUUGUAGAUGCUGUGGUAAAUGGUCCGGAUUAUAACACCACAGCAUUGCUCAUAAGUUAUGACGAAACUGGUGGGUUCGGGGAUCAUGUCACCCCUUUCCACUCCGAUAAUGGUACUGCGGGAGAGUGGAUUGAUGAUCCUUACGAUCUCUUCGGAUACACCUUUACAGGCCCUGGUUUCCGUGUUCCGUUUUACAUCGUUUCUCCCUGGACACGCGGUGGCCGUGUCUUCACUGAGCGAUCCGAUCAUAAUUCUCAAAUCCUGUUCUUGGAGGCUUGGCUGACAGCCUUGGGCUAUUCCAAUAUCACGACAGACUAUAUGGAGCCGUGGCGUCGGGAACACAUGUCCGAUCUGGUCAACGCGUUUGAUUUCUCCAAGCCUGACUACACAAUUCCCGAUAUUCCAAGUGUGAAUACUCCUGCCACCGAUUCCAGUGGGAGUUACACAGGUACAGCCACCUGCGAGUCCACAUAUAAAGUACAGCGCCCCACUGUCCCUUACGGCGAGCAGAAUGAAACUUCAGCACUUUACUUCGAAGACGGAUAUAAGGAGGUUGUCGGCUACUUGACUGAGGGCCGGUAUCUGACCUUUGAAAAGGAAGGAUAUGCUCUUACCAACGAGGGCAGCUCUUCCACUCUGACCGUUACCAGCUCUACUUCCGCUCAUGAUUCGAUCAACCAGCGUUGGGUUAUUUCCUAUAAUAGCGACGAGGAAAGUCAGAUUUACUACAUUGCUAGUGCUUACGAUGGUCGCUAUCUUGGUGCUGAUGGCGCACUGACAUCUUCCAAGUCUACAGCCGCUGAAAUUGGCAUUACCUUCCUUGGUAAUGGAGCUGGGUAUACCUUGAAGUAUGAGUCUGGCUCUGAGUAUAUUGAUGUGAGCGACGAUGCUCUCAAAACUGCGGCUACCUCAGCACCAUCUCAGGGUUUCACAGUUUACUCUGUCACAUACAAUGACUAA